UCUCCCUCUGACUCGGUUCCUAACUCGAUGUGGAGCAAGGAGUCGGUUCUCAGGUGUGAGAUGAGGAGGUUUCUACUUUCCAGGUCGGCACAGAUUAAUUAAAGAUGCACUGCAGAGUCAUCUCCGAGGCCACGUGAGUAGCGCAGGAGCGGCUGCUUGUGCUGUGCCCUGGGGAGUGGGAUGCGAAUCAGCUCAUGCAACAUAUAAAUCUCUGUUGACACGGUGGCUGCACGCUGCUGAGCUGGGGCUGCCUGUGAUUUCUGCGGCGGGAGUGUGUGGAGGGCGCCCGUCCCCCUCAGCCUCCAUCAUGCCAGCUUUGUCCACUGGCUCUGCUAGUGACACAGGUCUGUAUGAGCUGCUGGCCGCUCUGCCAGCCCAGCUGCAGCCACAUGUGGAUAGCCAGGAAGACCUGACCUUCCUGUGGGAUAUGUUUGGUGAAAAAAGCCUGCAUUCACUGGUAAAGAUUCAUGAAAAACUCCACUACUAUGAGAAGCAGAGUCCAGUGCCCAUUCUUCAUGGCGCGGCCGCCUUGGCAGAUGACCUGGCCGAAGAGCUUCAGAACAAGCCGUUAAGCAGCGAGAUCAGAGAGCUGUUGAAACUACUGUCAAAACCCAACGUGAAGGCUCUGCUCUCGGUGCAUGACACUGUGGCUCAAAAGAAUUACGAUCCUGUGUUGCCUGCUAUGCCGGAUGAUAUUGAUGACGAGGAAGACUCCGUAAAGAUAAUCCGCCUGGUCAAGAAUAGAGAACCACUGGGAGCCACCAUUAAGAAGGAUGAGCAGACUGGGGCGAUCGUUGUAGCUAGAGUCAUGAGAGGAGGAGCCGCGCAUAGAAGUGGUCUUAUUCAUGUUGGUGAUGAACUUAGAGAAGUGAAUGGAAUACCAGUUGAAGAUAAAAGACCUGAGGAAAUAAUACAGAUUUUGGCGCAGUCUCAGGGAGCAAUUACGUUUAAGAUUAUCCCCAGCAUCAAGGAGGAGACUCCAUCCAAAGAAGGCAAGAUGUUUCUCAGGGCCCUUUUUGACUACGAUCCUAACGAGGACAAGGCGAUUCCAUGUAAGGAAGCUGGGCUUUCUUUCAAAAGGGGAGAUAUUCUCCAGAUCAUGAGCCAGGAUGAUGCAACCUGGUGGCAGGCAAAGCACGAAGGCGCCGCCAACCCCAGAGCAGGCCUGAUUCCCUCAAAGCACUUCCAGGAAAGGAGAUUGGCCCUGAGAAGACCAGAAAUACUGGUUCAGCCCCUGAAAGUUUCCAACAGGAAAUCAUCUGGUUUUAGAAGAAGUUUCCGUCUUAGCAGAAAAGAUAAAAAAACAAAUAAAUCUAUGUAUGAAUGCAAGAAGAGUGAUCAAUAUGAUACAGCGGACGUUCCCACUUACGAAGAGGUGACACCGUAUCGGCGACAAAUGAAUGAGAAAUACAGGCUGGUGGUCUUGGUUGGUCCUGUUGGAGUUGGGCUGAAUGAACUGAAGCGGAAGCUGCUGAUCAGUGACACACAGCAUUACGGUGUGACAGUGCCCCAUACCACGAGAGCAAGAAGAAGCCAGGAGAGUGAUGGUGUUGAGUAUAUUUUCAUUUCCAAGCACUUGUUUGAGACAGAUGUGCAAAAUAACAAGUUCAUCGAAUAUGGUGAAUAUAAAAACAACUACUAUGGCACGAGUAUAGAUUCAGUUCGAUCUGUCCUGGCUAAAAACAAAGUUUGCUUGUUAGAUGUUCAGCCUCAUACUGUGAAGCAUUUAAGGACACUCGAAUUUAAGCCCUAUGUGAUAUUUAUAAAGCCUCCAUCUAUAGAGCGUUUGAGAGAGACAAGAAAAAAUGCAAAGAUUAUUUCAAGCAGAGAUGACCAGGGUGCUGCAAAGCCCUUUACAGAAGAAGAUUUUCAAGAAAUGAUUAAAUCUGCACAGAUAAUGGAGGGUCAAUAUGGCCAUCUUUUUGACAAAAUUAUAAUAAAUGAUGACCUCACUGUGGCAUUUAAUGAGUUAAAAACAACUUUUGACAAAUUAGAGACUGAAACUCAUUGGAUACCAGUGAGCUGGUUACACUCCUAACUAAGAAGAUUUUCCAUAGAAGCCUGUUCUAUAGAGUGCAGGAUUAAACCGGUUACUGUUUCGGUGGUAGGGUUUUUUGGUUUGUUUUUCAUCUAUAUCACUGUUGUGGAUGUAUAUCCUUGGUUAGAAUUGGAUGUCAGUUCUGUUUGCAUCUUUUUUUACAGCUUUAUUUGAAACACUGAGUAACUAUAAGUUCUAAAGAUCAAAAUUUGCAUAUACUGUAUUCUAAACAGAGUUCCCUGGUUGUGUUUAGCAUAUUUCUGUGUUGUGAGGUUGAAUGUUUAAGAUGUAGCUGCAGAUGUCAGAGAUCUGCACUUCUGACCUCAGCAGUUCUGCACCCACCCAGCUUGCAUGGUCUCAGCUGAAGCUCUGAACUCAGCACCUUGGGCAGCUCCAGACAGAUGUUUCCAGAUAGGUCAUCCCAGCUCUCACUUGCCUGGCUUUAAGGUGGAGUCCUUCUCCUAUUCAAAAAGUGCAAAUGUUUUCUUAUCUCUACAAGUGUUCACAGUGUGUGCAUUUAAAAUUUUUAAAAUGAGUAGCUUCGUGAGUGAAUAGCCUUCAUAUUAUAAUAUUUAUAGCUUGAGAAGUCCUGAUGAGCGCACCUUCAUGACUGAACACAUAUUUAAUAAGGGAAAACAGACCCUUAUUUUUUUUUCUGAUGAAGGUUUCACUGUGUUACCCAAGCUGGCCUCAAACUGAGAUCCUCCUGUGUCAGCCUCCCAAGUAGCUGAGAUGAUAGGUUUGUAGCAUCUUAGAAAACAGACUUUCAAAAGUUGUCAUGAAUGUAACUACCUUUUCCUUGUGAUGUAAGAAUUGUGGUAUCUUAGGACAGCAAAUGUUUACAAGGGACAUUUUUAUACGUAAGUCCUCAGAAGACACGUCUGUAUUCACUAAAGGCAUUUUGUUUGUAAGCUAGUUUUAGCUUGUCCCAAUAAUUAUAACAAUGCAACUCUUAUGAUAAAAUAUGAUAAAACAUUUCAUGUGGUAUUAGUGAUGCACUUAAAGAAAACAUGAUCUUUUUUUAAAUCAGUGCAGUUGUUCACUAUACAUUUAAAUUGUGCUGAGACGUGUUUUAGAAAGCUUUUUAUGUAGCAUAAACAUCUCUGUCAACAGAGUCACUCUUAACACUGGUCAGACACAUCCCAACCUUGCCAUUAUAAAGAAGUUCCAGGAGGACACUUACAUUGUAAAUAUUUAGGUAGUAUUACUCCUUUUUUCUUGAUACUGCUGGUCUUGAGCAAAGUGAACUAUGCAGCUCAGAAUACUCCAGAUGUUUGCAGUUCCUGUAAGGGAACAUGCCCUGCCAUUCUUGCAUGCAGUUAGGUCCUGCUGGUCACAAAUCAUUGCAUGAGUGACUUUCACAGAAAAAUUUAUUUUUGUUGCAUUGUAAAGAGUUUAGAUGUCAUGUUUAAAGAGCAUAGAAUGUAGUGAAAUUUUAUAUAUUUAUGAAAUAUUUGAAAAGCAUAUUUUUUUAAUUAUUAAAUGGGGCUAUUCAUAAAAGAAACUGAGUAUAUAUAAAGAUAGCCUUAUUUAAAGUAGUAGUUUUAUAAAUUAAGGUCCACAUUCCAUGUAAAUAUUUGACCUUCACAUGGACAGACAGAUCCCCAUAUGUUGUAUGUGUGCUACAUAUUUGGUAGUGUUCUCUAGUAGAUUCCUUCAGUUGUGUCUUGAUUACAUAUAGGAAAAGAAACAAAAACUAUGCCACUGGCCCUGAUAUACAGCAAAAUAGAUAGUUAAUCAGACUAAAUAUUACCUAACAGUGUAAUUCAAGCGAGUCCUAAGUUUCUUAACUAAACAGCAAGCCACUCAGUUUGGAAACAAAAGAGUGAGGAGGGGGUUACCAGCUCUCACACUGAAGCUAGACUUUGAAGCUAUGUGGCUGGCAUAAGAGAAUCACAAGUCGUAAGUUUGGGUUUGGGUAGAAUAUCUCAUGCUUUGACAUUGGCUGGAAUUCCGAGUUAAGUAAGAGUCCCUUGUACAAAGAAUGAUGGGAAAUGUACAACUGUCUAGGCAAUCCUCUGGAUAAUUUGGCCAACUCACAUUCGUUACUAUCAAAUAUUUACACUGAUCUCUUUUUUGUUCUUUAUUUGCAGAUAACUGCCUCACUUGCAGGUAGGGAUAGUGUAGAGCGGAAGAAACCAGGUCUUGUUAGCUGGUGGUGGUGAUGGAUGGGUAUGUUAUAAAAAUGCAGUUGUUCAGAUUUCUUUCUCUUUUUAAAAUCAGAACUGAAUAAUAUUUUUAAAAUAAUGAAAGGAAAGGAAUUUUGAGAAAUUGAGUGGUAACAUAGCGUCACAUGUGUAUUUUUCUUGACACUUAGAAAGAGAUUGCAUUAAAAUUUAGUAAGACAGGGCCAACUCCCAGGGCUUGUCGCGGACUAUAGCAAAAAGCCCCUAAUCCUGUCUGCUUUCUGCAUCUACAAUUCCCUCUUACCCAGGAGAAAAACUCUGUGUGCCUCACUUAGCAGCUCCCGGAGUGUCAGCCACUAUUUGAGAGAAGAGGGAUGCUUGAGUUUUCAAGUAUAUACAUACAUCCAAAUAUAUACACACGGACUUGAAUACUUAUUUGAAUAUAUGUAUAUAUUUGGGAAAAAUAUAUAUACAUUCAUUCCAAGACCAAGAAGGAAAUUCUGUGCUCCCACAAUUGACAAAUUAGAGUUGGCUAAAAAUAAAAAGGUAAAACUAAAAUAUAACUUUUACUAUAUUUUUAACUGACCAAUAUUUCUACCUUGAUAUCUUGAAGGCUGACAUUCCUGGCAUUGUGUAAUGACUGAAUGUAUCUAAAUUGUAAUCAUUUAAAAUCAACGAACAUGUUAACUGCUGAGAUUUAUAAAACUGUGUUGUGAAAAUCUCCCCAAACAGAUAGAUUUUUAUUAUUUAUUUUCUUUUGGACUAGAAAGAAUUUAUAAGUAAAUGUCAGGGGAAAAUCUUUGAGCUUAAUAAAAUAUCUUCAAACAAUGUGUGUACUUGAAAGUUGUUUUUAUAUUUUAAUAUUCCAAUAUGUUAAUGUUCUGUUCUGUUCCACUGUUUCCCAUGUAAGACAAGGUCUUUUUUUUACUUCAGUGUUAAAUGAUGUAUUUGAACUUUCCAUAUCUAAAAUUAAAUUUUACAUAUGUUUUUUGAACAAUGUUUUCAUGAAGAUUGUUGGCAAGAUACAAUGCAGUCAUCUUGUUCCUAGCAAUGAGCAGCAUAAGUUAGAGGAUACACAGGGGGACACGUGAUCUGGAACCUUUCAUGAUGGGCGCCUCCUCUGCCCACUUCGGUGCCCCUCCCUGCCAUUCUCUUCCUGAUCUAGUUAUGCAAAACUUAAUUUGUUCAGCGAUGCCCGUGAACAUGAACUGUCUUUUGCUCAUGUAGACAAACUCGUUUCUACUGGCCUUGCUCCAGUAGCUAAGCCAGUUAGCUUACACAGAAAACUCAUACAGUGUACCAUGUGAGCUUCUGUCUGACAUCAGCUUUGCAAAGCAGUGGGGAAAAUACAGCGAAUGUCUCCAGUCUUCAUUUUCUCACCAGGAAAAUAUGGAUAAGAAUAGUGAUUACCUCAUAGGACUGUUUUGGGCCUAAACUGAAGGAAUCCAUGUAGGGUUCCCUUAAAUUGGGAUAGAAGCAUCCAGUCAUUGUGAGGUCUUGUUUUAUAAUGACCAUUGUAUAUCACACAGUUUAAAAAUCAGUGUGUAAGUUUAAUCAUUCCUCACAAACAGUUCCCCUCUUAGUAAACUCAGAAGAUUUUAAUAAAUAAUUCCUGUUUUAAGCUUUGUUAUCUUUAAAAAAGUCUAUUGCUCACAACCAAACUAUACAUUAGGAACUCAUUAGAUAAUCCACAGUAUGAAAGCAAAGAAAAUUUUACUUUUAACUUGAGUGUGAUGCUGUGUACUUGAUAACAGUUUGAAAGAAAUGACCCUUAAUUGUUCAGUGCCCUUUCUGCUACCAUUAUCUUCCUUGUCCUUCCUUUUAUAAGGAAGAAAAUAUGUUACUGUUAUAUCAGCAAUCUUAUAACAGACACCAACAUAGUCAGUGCCUGGCUGGAUUGUGCUUAUUGGUUGUGGGAGGCCCGUAUGAUUUCCACACACUGUCUCAUUUAGUCUUCAUAACUGUGAUAUGGAGGAUUCAGUUUUCAUAUGUUUCAGUUCAGAGAACCGAGAAACAGGGCUCCAGUGCCUUGCCCGACCUGUCACAUACCCAGGUAACAUGCAGUGGAACCAGGUUUGAAUUGUCAUGUGAACUGAAUUUAUCUAGCUCCAUUAGUGCAAUUGUGUGUUUAGUCUGCUUGCAUCCCCUCCUUGGUGACGAGCCAGGAUUUCUCUGUUAGUCACGACCAUCACCUGCAUGGUUCAUUUGGGCUGGUUAUGCUGCUUGCUUCAAGUAAUGCCUUGAUUGUUAGAGGAGCCAUGAGAAUGACACAUGUCCCCGAUUUAAACAAACAAUGUGUGAUGUGAAAAUUCUUCAUGCCCCAUCCCCACCCUUCCUGUUUGUGUUGCUUGUUUGUAGGGCAACCAUAAUUCUAAUCCUCAACUAGAGCAUGAUAAAGGCCAGUCUUCUAGGAUGAUUAAGUAGAAAGAGAUAAAGAUCCUAAGUCUGUUGUCCUUUCAAGUAGCUGGACCAUUCUGAGACUUCUUAUUUCUUAUUGUCAAAUAAAAAAUAAAUGUUACGAUGA